GUAGGGGCGGGCCGGAAGGCGAAGACUCCAGCUGACUCGGCCUGGCCGCGCGGCUUGGCGGCGGCCAUGGAGCGGGACGGGCAGCUGCUGUCCGCGCGGCCGGCCCUGGAGACAGAGGGGUUGCGCUACCUGCACGUCACGGUGGGCUCCCUGCUAGCCACUUACGGCUGGUACAUCGUCUUCAGCUGCAUCCUUCUCUACGUGGUGUUUCAGAAGCUUUCCACCCGGCUGAGGGCCUUGCGACAGAGGCAGCUGGACCGAGCUGCGGCUGCCGUGGAACCCGAUGUUGUUGUUAAACAACAGGAGGCUUUAGCAGCUGCUCGUUUGAAAAUGCAAGAAGAAUUAAAUGCACAAGUUGAAAAGCAUAAGGAAAAACUAAGACAGCUUGAAGAACAAAAAAGGAGACAGAAGAUUGAAAUGUGGGACAGCAUGCAAGAAGGGAAAAGUUACAAAGGAACUGCAAGAAAGCCUCCCGAAGAAGACAGUCCUGGGCCUUCUACUUCAUCGGUCCUGCCAAAACGAAAAUCGGACAGGAAGCCUCUGCGGGGAGGUGGUUACAACCCGUUGUCUGGUGAAGGAGGUGGAGCCUGCUCUUGGAGGCCUGGACGCCGAGGCCCGUCAUCUGGUGGAUGAGGCUAAGAGUCUUGUUAGCGUCGCUUUCGACGUUAGCAAGAGGAAUCGGUAACCCUCAGUUCAAUUGCGUCACGCACACUUUUCACAGUGACUAGCCAAGGGGAGCGGGGUUUGUGUCUGCUCUUCAGUGUGCUGCAUCGUUACCAGUUGAAGUCCGAGUAGGGUGUAGACAUCACCAGUGGUGGUAGUGACUGCCGGUCACACCUCACUAAAGCCAGUGACUGCAGUCAUUGAUUGCAGGGGUAAUUGCUAGUUGGUAGAUAAAGCCCUCCAGGUGAUUAACAAUCUUGAUAAAACAGACCCAGUGACGGUUCUUCACGUUAGAAGUCCUUGCUGGUAGGACAGUCUCUGUGACAGGUUGCGUUGAAUGAUGUCUUCCUUGUAAAUGGUGAGCCCACCAGCGAGGAUUACUGAUGCAGACAGUUGAUGGGGUUGUUUCUGUAUAUUUAUUUUUAUGUACAGAACUUUGUGAAAAAGAAAACUGUAAACAUUAAAAAAAAAUACAAAAACCAUUUUUAGCAUCUUUAUUAAACUCAAGGAAACUUCUUUAUGAACUUGAA